AUGGAAAACUGCACCAGGAUCCAAGAGCUGGUGUUCCUUGGCCUGAGCCAGAGUCUGGGAGUGAGCUUGGUCUUGUUUCUUUUCCUCCUGCUGGUGUACGUGGUCACUCUCUUGGGAAACCUGCUCAUCAUGGUCACCGUGACCUGGGACUCUCACCUACAUACCCCCAUGUACUUCUUGCUCCGCAAUUUGUCUGUUGCCGACAUCUGCUUUUCCUCCAUCACAGCCCCCAAGGUGCUGACCGACCUGCUCUCGGCGAGGAAGACCAUCUCCUUCCAGGGCUGCAUCACUCAGAUGUUCUUCUUCCACCUGAUCGGGGGCGUGGACGUGUUCUCUCUGUCCGUGAUGGCCUUGGAUCGCUACAUAGCCAUCUCCAAGCCCCUGCACUACGUGACCAUCAUGAGCAGGGGGCGCUGCAUAGCGCUCAUCGGGGCCUCCUGGCUGGGGGGCUUUGCCCACUCCAUCGUGCAGAUCUCCCUCCUGCUCCCACUCCCCUUCUGUGGGCCCAAUGUACUGGACACUUUCUACUGUGAUGUCCCCCAGGUCCUCAAGCUUGCCUGCACUGAUACUUCUCUUCUGGAGAUCCUGAUGAUCUCCAACAAUGGCAUGCUCACUACGCUGUGGUUCGUCUUCUUGCUGGUGUCCUACACCGUCAUCUUAAUGAUGCUGAGGUCUCACAGCGGCGAGGGCAGGAGGAAAGCCAUCUCCACCUGCACCUCCCACAUCACCGUGGUGACCCUGCACUUUGUGCCCUGCAUCUAUGUGUAUGCCCGGCCCUUCACCGCCCUCCCCACAGACAAGGCCAUCUCUGUCACCUUCACGGUCAUCUCCCCCCUGCUGAACCCCUUGAUCUACACUCUGAGGAACCAGGAGAUGAAAUCAGCCAUGAAGAGGCUCAAGAGAAGACUUGGGCCUUCUGAUGGAAGAGACCAGUAG